UUCUUUGCAGACUAUCAGCGCCUGAUGACUGUGGCAGAAGGCAUCACCACACUUUUGUUCCCAUUUCAGUGGCAGCAUGUUUAUGUGCCUAUCCUCCCUGCUUCUCUGCUACAUUUUCUUGAUGCUCCUGUCCCUUAUCUGAUGGGCCUUCAGUCAAAAGAAGGAACUGACCGGUCCAAACUGGAACUUCCUCAAGAGGCUAAUUUGUGUUUCGUGGAUAUUGACAACCAUUUCAUUGAGUUGCCUGAAGAAUUUCCACAGUUCCCCAAUAAAAUGGAUUUUAUCCAGGAGCUCUCUGAAGUCCUUCUUCAAUUUGGGAUUCCUCCUGAGGGCUGCUUGCAUCGCAGUGAGAGUGCCACCAAACUGAAGAAUCUGGUUCUGAAAGACUUAGUCAAUGACAAGAAGAAUGGCAAUGUCUCCACUAAUAACAUCAGCAUGUAUGAGCUACUGAAGGGCAAUGAGACUAUAGCCCGCCUGCAGGCUCUGGCCAAGCGGACUGGUGUGACUGUGGAGAAGAUGGACCUCUCUGCUUCUCUGGGUGAAAAAGACAAGGAUUUAAAGCUACAGUGUGAAGAAACAGAACUGAGGGACUACCAGCUUAAUGUCCAGCUCCGAGAGGUCUUUGCUAACCGCUUUACACAGAUGUUUGCAGAUUAUGAAGCAUUUGUGAUUCAGACAGCCCAGGACAUGGAAUCCUGGCUGACCAACCGGGAACAGAUGCAGAACUUUGACAAAGCUUCCUUUCUGUCUGACCAGCCUGAGCCUUACCUGCCAUUUCUUUCACGCUUCAUUGAAACACAGAUGUUUGCCACCUUUAUUGAUAAUAAAAUUAUGUCUCAGUGGGAAGAGAAAGAUCCUUUGCUUCGGGUCUUUGACUCUCGGAUUGAUAAGAUGAGGUUGUAUAAUGUAAGAGCACCUACCUUGCGGACAUCUAUAUAUCAGAAAUGCAGCACUUUAAAAGAAGCAGCCCAGUCAAUUGAGCAGAGACUGAUGAAGAUGGAUCACACUGCAAUCCACCCACAUCUCCUUGAUAUGAAAAUUGGUCAAGGCAAAUAUGAGCAAGGGUUCUUUCCAAAGUUACAGUCUGAUGUCUUGGCAACAGGACCAACCAAUAACAAUCGCUGGAUAAGUCGGAGUGCCACUGCUCAACGCAGAAAAGAACGCCUUCGCCAGCAUUCAGAGCACGUGGGCCUGGACAACGACUUGAGGGAGAAAUAUAUGCAAGAGGCACGAAGUUUAGGAAAAAACUUGAGGCAACCCAAAUUGUCAGACCUCUCUCCUGCAGUGAUUGCACAGACCAACUGGAAAUUUGUGGAAGGCUUACUGAAAGAAUGUAGAAUGAAGACAAAACGCAUGUUGGUGGAGAAGAUGGGACAUGAAGCAGUGGAACUGGGCCAUGGAGAAGCAAACAUCACCGGCUUGGAGGAGAACACACUGAUCGCCAGCCUCUGUGACCUGCUGGAGAGGAUAUGGAGCCAUGGCCUACAGGUCAAGCAGGGGAAGUCGGCUUUGUGGUCACAUUUAAUUCAAUUUCAGGACAGAGAAGAGAAGCAAGAGCACCUUGCAGAAUCACCAGUUGCCCUUGGACCAGAAAGAAGAAAAUCUGACUCAGGAGUUAUGUUGCCAACACUCAGGGUCUCUCUUAUCCAAGACAUGAGGCAUAUUCAAAACAUGAGUGAAAUCAAGACUGAUGUUGGACGAGCUCGAGCAUGGAUAAGAUUAUCUCUAGAAAAGAAGCUCUUGUCCCAGCAUCUCAAGCAGCUGCUCUCCAACCAACCUCUCACCAAGAAGCUUUAUAAGCGUUAUGCUUUUCUCCGUUGUGAAGAAGAAAGAGAGCAAUUUCUUUACCAUCUCCUCUCUCUCAAUGCAGUAGACUACUUCUGCUUCACCAGUGUCUUCACCACUAUCAUGAUUCCAUAUAGGUCAGUGAUCAUUCCCAUCAAGAAGCUGAGCAAUGCAAUCAUCACAUCAAACCCUUGGAUUUGUGUAUCAGGAGAGCUAGGAGACACUGGAGUAAUGCAGAUUCCCAAAAACCUCCUCGAAAUGACUUUUGAGUGCCAGAACUUGGGGAAGCUGACCACGGUUCAGAUUGGUCACGAUAACUCAGGACUGUUAGCCAAAUGGCUAGUGGAUUGUGUGAUGGUCAGAAAUGAAAUCACAGGACAUACAUACAGAUUCCCAUGUGGGCGGUGGCUGGGGAGAGGCAUUGAUGAUGGGAGCCUGGAGAGAAUUCUCAUUGGAGAGUUGAUGGCGUCAGCCUCAGAUGAAGACCUGGUGAAGCAGUGUCGGACCCCACCCCAGCAGAAGUCACCUACCACAGCCAGGAGACUGAGCAUCACUUCACUGACAGGAAAAACUACCAAACCCAACGCUGGACAGAUUCAAGAAGGAAUUGGAGAAGCCGUGAACAAUAUUGUGAAACAUUUUCACAAACCUGAAAAAGAGAGAGGAAGCCUCACGGUGUUGCUGUGUGGAGAGAAUGGCCUGGUAGCAGCACUCGAGCAAGUGUUCCACCAUGGGUUCAAAUCUGCCCGCAUCUUUCACAAGAAUGUCUUCAUCUGGGACUUCAUAGAAAGAGCAGUUGCUUAUUUUGAAACAACUGACCAGAUUCUAGACAAUGAAGAUGAUGUCCUUAUUCAGAAAUCAUCCUGCAAAACCUUCUGCCACUACGUAAAUGCUAUUAAUACUGCACCCAGGAACAUUGGGAAGGAUGGCAAAUUCCAGAUUUUAGUUUGCCUUGGAACACGGGACCGCCUGCUCCCACAGUGGAUUCCGUUGCUCGCCGAGUGUCCUGCCAUCACUCGGAUGUAUGAGGAGAGCGCCCUCCUUCGAGACCGCAUGACGGUCAACUCCCUCAUCCGAAUCCUGCAGACCAUUCAGGACUUCACCAUUGUCUUGGAAGGAUCUCUCAUCAAAGGAGUGGACGUGUAACCCAGCUGGCUAGAAACUCAGUCCAAGCUUUGCUCCUGAACCUUCCCCAAAUACGGGGAACGAUUUGGACUUGUCUGACAGUAGUGGGUCACUGCAGGGCAACCAACAUAUGCCCCAAGUUGAACAAUCCUCACUCUGCAGACAAGGCAAAAGGUUGUAUUGUAGUUCAUUUGAACCUGGAAUUCAGUAUCAAAUAGAGUAUUUUCAUGUGUUAGAUGUGUGUAAAUAUGCUAUCUUCUUUAAGAAAUUAUAUUACUCUAAUAAGAUGUUUUCUUAGAUUGAAUAUUCCUGUGACUUAAAGUAGCUUAAAAAUGUCGAGGAUUAGGGGGAAGAGUGGUGCUAGCCAGGAAGAAGCCAGUACACAUGUGUAAAUAUCACGCCACCCAGUCGGGCUUUUUUUCCUCCAGGUAUCACAAAGGAACCCAGAGUGCAUUGGUAGGUGGUAGCCGUCCAUCCUGGUGUCUUACCCUUUGUUCUAUGAAUGUAUACAACUUUACCUACUGUACUGAGAGUCCUCCUCACUGGUGUCUUUUAAGUUACAAACUGUUUUAUACAUUUGAAUUGUGAGUCACUUUUCCAGUUUUUCUGGAAAAAUUUUCAGUCGGCACAGAUGAAGAUAAUUCAGGUAUUUUAAAUACUAGACCCCAGGAGCUUGGUUGAACUGGAAAGAGAACACACAGAGCCCUGAGAAGUGUGUUAAAUUGUGGGAUUAUAACUUCUUUAUACUUUGGAAAGAUUAGCCUAGACUAACUUCAUUCUUGGCAUUUUUAUUCUUGUUAUUUGAGGUACUUUGGGGAGAUGUGAAUUUCAAAGCGUUAGACUCAUAGUUUGAUUCUGUACUUUUAAUUUGCCCAUUUAAACUCUGUAGUGGUCCUUUACCUCUUAAGGAUAACCUCCAGCCCUGUCUUUGUUAGGUUCCAAUCACCCCCCCAUGCCCAUCCCCCCUCAGGAAAUGGAAGGAAUGUCUAAAAGGGAGGGGGACUCUAUGUAGCUUGGAAUGUUUUUGUGAAAGUAUUUGUUGACCAUGAUAAUGCAAAUAACAGAAGGAGCAAGAAAGAAUGAACCCUUUCUGGGUGUUUCAGGGCAAGCUUUAUGUUCCUUUGUGAGAUGGGCUAAUAAUGUAAAGCAAAUGGCCCAGAGAAUUUCAAAGCCACUGCAGUGCAGACUGACAAAAUGGAAGCAAAACAAGAGGCAACAAUUUUGAAAGACCAAAAGUUGUAACUUUCCAGUUCGAUAUUUUAGAAAGAAGUUAAGUAAGUGUAGUGCUAGCUAGUUACCCUCCAUCUUCAUCUUCUGGUAGGUCCUGUGACUCCAAGUAGGCAUUUGCACAUUGCUAGCUGGGAAAUAGUCUCCGCACAGCUCCAGGUUUUGUUCCCAGCUGUGACUGAAAAGUGAAGCUGUGGCCACUCGGGAUUCCUUGUGAAAUCUGAGGUCCUGGGCUUAAGUCAACAGUGUUGUUUCCCUUACUUCUAAUGGAACAAGUGCCUCACCCCCGUUAUAAAAUGCUGUAUCCAGCCAGCAAACUGAGCAUGUGGCUUCAUACUUGAGAAGGGGAGCUGAUGGCUGCAUUUAGAAACCCAUGGAAAUGGUUUAAGAAAUGGUUCUGCGCCUUUGGGAGGCUGAGGUGAGUGGAUUGCCGGAGCCCGCGGGUUCGAGACCCACCUGGCAACUUGGCGAGACCUCAUCCCUACAAUAAAUCAAAAUGAGCCGGGCGUGGUAGCACACGCCUGUAGUUCCAGCUACUUGGAAGGCUGAGACGGAAGGAUCACCCGAGCCCAGCAGGUCGAGGCUGCGGUGGCCGGGAGCGGCCACUGCACUCCAGUCUGGGUGACAGAGUGAGACUCCAACUC